AUGUCUGAAAAUGAUUCCACUAAGCUGCUAGCAUUAUUCUUGUGUGUUACUUUCUUUGCAUUUGUCUCCGCUAGAGAUAGCGAAGCAAAAGCUCUGUUGAACUGGAGAGCUAGCUUCAAUGACCAAAGCAAAGCUAUCUUGUCCUCUUGGAAUAAUGCCACUGAUCCUUGCAGACAGUUGUGGAGGGGAAUUUCUUGUGAUGAACACAUGUCUGUGAUCAACAUAAGUCUCUCAAAUCUUGGCCUUCAAGGUAAACUUUCCACUCUCAACUUCGCUGCCUUUCCUAAUCUCCUCUACUUCGACAUACGUUACAACCAAUUUUAUGGAUACGUUCCCCAUGAAAUUGGUUAUUUGCCCAGGAUUUCGAUAUUGGGUUUGUCAGAUAAUCCAAUUUGGGGUCGCAUUCCUCCUGAAAUCUGGAAUCUAACCACUCUAAGUCAACUUGAUCUUAGUACAUGCAAUCUCACAGGACAAAUUCCCCAAGAAAUUGGGAAUUUGAGGAAUUUGAAUCUCCUGUGGCUUGGAGAAAAUUUGCAGCUUUCUGGUCCCAUCCCGGAAGAGAUUGGAAUGUUGAGUAAUCUUGUAGACCUUCGUUUGCAAAGCAACUAUCUGUCAGGGAGAAUCCCAUCAUCAAUUGGAAAUUUGACCAAGUUACAGAUGCUUUCUCUUUAUGAGAACAAUCUCGCAGGUCCUAUUCCUACUGAAUUCUGGAAACUCUAUUCCCUUGUUAACAUUCAAUUCCGUUAUAAUAGAUUUUCAGGGCCAAUCUCUCCCUCUAUAGGAAAUCUAACAAAUCUCAUACAAUUGUCCUUUUCUAAUAACAAAUUUUCUGGUCCGAUUCCUCCAUCCAUUGGUAAUUUGAUCGAUCUAGACCAUUUCUUCCUUCGAAACAAUAGUCUUUCAGGAUCUGUUCCUUCCUCUAUAGGAAAUAUGACGAAGGUCAUUGGAUUGCACUUGGACAUCAACAAUUUUAGUGGUCGACUUCCGCAAGAAAUGAAUAACUUAACAAGUUUGUAUUAUGUGCGACUGAGUGAUAAUCAUUUUAGUGGUCCUUUGCCACAAAAAAUUUGUGAAAGUGGGAGGUUAUUUUGGUUUAAUGCUAAUGAUAACCAUUUCACUGGUCCUAUUCCAACAAGUUUGAAGAAUUGUUCUAGUCUAAAAAGACUCAGGCUUGAAAAUAACCAAAUAGUAGAUAAUAUAACAUAUGCUUUUGGAGUAUAUCCUUAUUUGCGCUUUGUUGAUCUAAGUGGAAAUCAAUUGUAUGGCCACCUUUCAUCUGGGUGGGGGAGGUGUCAAAAUCUCACUCAUUUGACUAUUCACAGCAACAAGCUUUCUGGUGAUAUACCACCAAAAUUAGGAGAGGCAACUCGGCUUGAAUUACUUGACUUGUCUUCAAAUCAUUUGUCUGGACAAAUCCCAAAAGAAUUGAGAAAGUUGGUCUUUUUGCGAUUCCUCUUUCUGACCCAUAACAACUUUUCUGGUGGUAUCCCCUCAAAUAUAAUAAGAUCACUUAACCAGCUUGAAAAGUUGGACUUGGCAGAAAAUAAAAUUAGUGGCUCAAUCACAAGAGAGUUCGGGGUAUUAAAAAGGUUAAGGAUCUUGAAUUUAAGCAAAAACAAAUUUGAUGAAAGCAUUCCCAUUGAGUUUGGCCAACUAGAGGGGCUUGAAGAACUUGAUCUUAGUGACAAUUUCUUGACUGGCACAAUAGCAGCAACAUUUGGAAUGUUCCCCAACUUGCAAGUAUUGAACCUUUCACAUAACAGUCUUAAUGGCACCAUCCCUUCUAGCUUUAAUGGACCAGUGUCAGCAUUAUCUGUAGUUGACAUAUCAUACAAUCAAUUGGAAGGCCCUGUUCCAAACAAACCAGCCUUUCGUAACUUUGAUGCAUUGAGGAAUAACAAAGGUUUGUGCGGUAAUAUCGCUGGCUUAAGUCCUUGUGGAGAUUUCCAAACAAAUGGGCACAACCAAAAGACCAAAAAGUUCUUGAUAAUACUCCUCCCUUUGGCCCUGCUGCUACUAGUACUUGUUGGAGCAUCUGUCAUUUUUUCUCUAAUAGUAGCAAAAGCUAAAAACAAAGAUGGAGAAGCUCGACCAGAAGAUGUUUAUUUUGUAUGGAGUCUUGAAAGAGAAAUAUUGUAUGAAGAUAUCAUUGAAGCCACAAACGAAUUUGAUGAAAGAUAUCUAGUUGGGAGAGGAGGCCAAGGAAGUGUUUAUAGAGCUGAGUUGCCUACAGGUGACAUUGUUGCAAUAAAGAAGCUUCAUUCAAUGCCAAGUGGGGAAAUCUCCAACCAGAAAGCUUUUACAAGAGAAAUUCGAGCCUUGACGGAAAUCAAACAUCGUAAUAUUGUGAAGUUGUAUGGGUUUUAUUCCAGUCCACAACUCUCCAUUUUGGUUUAUGAGUUCUUGGAAGGUGGUAACUUGGAUAGCAUACUAAAGGAUGAGAACCAAGCCACUGAGUUUGAUUGGAAAAAGAGGGUGAAUGUUGUCAAAGGUGUGGCUAAUGCUUUAUUCCAUAUGCACCAUGGUUGUUCAAUUCCUAUCAUUCAUCGUGACAUAUCAAGCAAGAAUGUUCUUCUAAGUUCUAACUAUGAAGAAGCUCGCAUCAUUGAUUUUGGAACGGCAAAGUUUUUGAAUCCUAACUCAAAAAAUAUGACCACAUUUGCUGGCACAUUUGGGUAUGCUGCACCAGAGCUUGCUUUCAUCAUGGAAGCGAAUGAAAAAUGUGAUGUAUAUAGCUUUGGAAUGUUGACUUUAGAAAUCAUCAUGGGUACACAUCCUGCAGAGCUUAUUUCAUACUUGGCAGAGAAACCGACUAAUAAUGGUUUGUUGUUUAAGAAUGUAGUGGACCCACGACUUUCUCCCUUGACAUUCAGAAAACCAGUUCAAGAUGAAGUUAUUUUAGUUGCAAAAAUAGCAUUUUCUUGCUUGACUGAGAAUCCUCGGUCUCGUCCAACUAUGGAACAAGUAUCUACGGAGCUUGUAAGGAGACCAAUAUCUCAUUUACAGGAUCAAUUUCACAGCAUCACAAUUGCAAAACUCAUGAGGGAUUGA